AACAACAGGACAAUCGGAGAGAAAGCUUGGCUGGUCAGUGAUAUUCUUACAAGAACCACAGGGAACUGUCUUUACUUUUGGUAUCACAUGUAUGGAGCAGGCAUUGGAGCAUUGAAAGUAUACAAACAAGACUUCUUUAAUAAACAGAGAACUCUGGCCUUCAGUCUAAGUGGCAAUCAAGGAAAUGCAUGGCAUCAAGCCUCAGUCAACUUUGUCUCUGAUCAUGAAUACACUGUCAUAUUUGAGGGAGUUUAUGGUGGAAAUUACACAGGAGACAUUGCCAUUGAUGAUGUCCUUAUUUCAGCCAGUCCCUGCUCUGCCACCACACCAACACCAGCCAUUUCUAUGGCAACUACCCCUGCAGUGUUCCCUAAAACAGCUGUUGACUGUGAUUUUGAGACAGGUCUCUGCUCUUGGAAUCAAGAUGUUGGAGAUGAUUUUAAUUGGUCAAUAAAGAAUGGAACAACCAGUUCAGGCAACACUGGACCUACAGCUGACCACACUCUGCAAAAUAAUCUUGGCCAUUAUAUUUACAUUGAAGUAUCAGGAAAGCUUCCAAAUACAACAGCAAGAUUAAUAAGUCCCUCAGUUUAUGUCCAGUCUGCUGGCGUGUGCUUGAAAUUCUGGUACAACAUGUAUGGUGCUCAAAUUAACAAUCUCAACCUCUAUGUCCAAAAUGUGUCGUCCACCAAGAAGCAGAUGCUAUGGAAUAAGCAUGGAAGCCAAGGAACAGACUGGAAGUAUGCUCAGGUCCAUCUCCAGAGCCAAGGACAAGUCAAGUUUGUGUUUGAAGGUGUAGCUGGUGUCAGCUACCAGGGAGAUAUUGCUCUGGAUGAUAUCUCAUUGAACCAAGGCCUGUGUCCCGGGUCGCCAACCUGUGACUUUGAGGAUGGAAUGUGUGGAUAUACUCAAGAUGUCUCUGAUCAGUUUGACUGGACACUGCAUUCUUCACGUACAGUAAGUACAAGCACUGGACCAGUAAGUGACCAUACAUAUGGCACAGCACAAGGUCAUUAUGUGUACAUUGAGGCAUCUGCUCCAAGGAGAAUGGGUGACAAAGCAAGAAUUGAUAGUCCAUCCUUCCCAGCUACUACAGGCACAGGUUCUUGUCUCACUUUCUGGUACAGUAUGUAUGGACGUAGUAUUGGUUCACUGAAUGUCUAUCUCAGACAAGGAACUUCCAGCCAGCUUCGGACUCCUAUUUGGACUUUGUCAGGAAAUCAAGGCAGUAGGUGGAGAAUUGCACAGACAACCAUUAAUAGUCCAACAUCAUUCAGACUGACUUUUGAGGGAACUGUUGGCAGUGGAUACCAAGGAGACAUUGCUAUUGAUGAUAUCAAUCUUGUUAGUGGAGCCUGUCCACCUCCAGGAAGCUGUGACUUUGAGAAGAAUCUUUGCACUUGGACCAAUGUACAAGGUAAUGACACAUUUGAUUGGGAGAGACAUAAGGGAAGAACGGCAAGUUUUGGUACAGGACCUUCCACAGAUCACACACUGAAGACCAUCUAUGGUUCCUACAUGUACAUUGAAGCCUCUGCUCCAAGAAAACAUGGUGACAAGGCAUGGCUAGCCUCCCAAACAUUUGAAAGCUCAAAGACCCCAAUCCGGUGUGUGACUUUCUGGUAUAACAUGUAUGGUUCUGGUAUAGGAACCCUGAAUGUCUAUCAGUAUUUCUUCGCAUCUACUCCAAAACCAGUGUUCACACUCUCAGGCAGUCAAGGACAGGGAUGGAAACAAGGUAGUGCUGAGCUGACAUCCACCACUGGUCAAGACUACCAGGUUCUUAUUGAAGGUGUAGUGGGCAGCAUCAUGGGUGACAUUGCUAUCGAUGAUAUAUCCGUCACUUCAGGACACUGUACUACUCCAACAGUUAACCCCACCUGUCCCUUCCGGUGUUCCAAUGGACAAUGUUUGAAGAGCAUCAAUAAUGUUUGUGACUUUAACAGUGACUGUCCAAAUGGUGAAGAUGAAUCAAAUUGUGGCUUCAACUGUGACUUUGAGCAGAAUCAUCCAACAUGCAAAUGGAAUAGCACAUCAUCAGGAUUCCAGUGGAUGACUUCCAGUGGGUCUUCUUCCUCUCAAAAUACUAACAAACCCAGCACUGACCACACAACUCUAGGACCUAAUGGUAAUUACAUGUAUGUGGCCCCCAAGGCUGGAGUGUAUAGAAGAUUAGCAGAUCUAACAAGCCCUGUGAUUGGUCAGUCAUCAAGCACCUGUCAGCUAUCUUUCUGGUAUCAUAUGAGGGGCAGACAGAUUCUUCGGGUAUAUCUAAAAGAGUUAAGUGGUUUUACAAGAACCCAAAUUUUCUAUCUGUAUGGAGACCAAGGAAAUGUUUGGAAACAGGCCAUUGUUCCAAUUGGAAGAGUGCAUUCCCGAUUUCAGAUCAUAAUCUCAGGACAAAGAACUUACAGUGGCGUGGGUGACAUUGCAGUGGAUGACAUAAAUUUCCAGGGCUGCGCAUUCCCAACUUCCACUUCAUGCAGCUCAUUUGUGACAUUUAAAUGUGCCAGUGGAGCCUGUGUAAACCAGAACAGAGUCUGUGAUUAUUCUGAUGACUGUGGAGACAAUACAGAUGAAGCUAACAGCACGUGUGCUGGAUAUAACAGAUGUAACUUUGAAAAUGGACUCUGUGACUGGACUCAGCUUACGGAUGAUGACUUAGACUGGACUCUCCGCGCUGGUCCAACUCCCUCUGCCAGCACUGGGCCCACCAAAGAUCACACUCUGAACACAAAUACAGGACAUUAUCUCUACUUAGAAACCUCCAGACCAGUCAGACAAGGACAGAAAGCCAGAAUUGCAAGUACAGCCUUCCAACAAUCCACAUCACAACCCUACUGUCAGUUCCGCUUCUUCUACUUUAUGUAUGGCAAUACAGUGGACACCCUUACAGUCUAUUACAGAAAUCAGAUAAAUGGACCACUGUUUAAAGUUUUCUCUGUACAUGGCAAUGUUGGUUCUUACUAUGCCAGACAAGUGGUCAACAUAAGAUCCUCUUCUCCAUUCCAAGUCGUGAUAGAGGCAACAGCAGGAGCAAACUAUCUGUCAGAUAUAGCCAUUGAUGAUGUUUCCUUCUCCUCCAACUGUCAGGUAUACUACGGGAACUUGCCCAUGGGAACUCCUGCCACUACCGUCCCCACUUCUCCUGGACCCUGUAGUGGAGGUCACCAGUGCGGUGAUUCUAGCUGUGUGGCCCAAAAUCAAGUCUGUGACUUUGUUCCUCAGUGCUCUGAUGGAUCAGAUGAAGCAGCCUGUGGACAGUGUAACUUUGAGAAGUCAAGCUGUGGGUGGACUCCUAUCCCAGGAGGAAGAUACGCCUGGAAGAGGCACAAUUCCUCCACUCCAACCUCUUUCAAUACACCUCAAAAUGAUCACACUUAUGGAACAACUCAAGUUGGAAACUACAUGUUCAUUGAUGCCUCUUCAGGUUCAUAUGCCACAGACACUAGAUUAGUCUCUCCAGUGUAUGGCAAUCUGAGCUCUACAUGCAGUAUUUCUUUUGCUUACUACACCAAUGUAGGGCCUUUCAGCAGACUUAAUCUCUACCUGUAUCCUCCAAACUCUGACCCAACAACUGCCAACAGCAGAGUUUUCUACAGAUUGUGGACAUCAUCAAGCCUUGUGGGCAGUCAAUGGCAGAAUGCCACAGUAGGAAUAGGGAACCGAAACCCAGGCUACAGACUUGCUUUUGUAGCAAGAAACUUCGACAGGAAUAGGGGAGGUAUAGCCAUUGAUGAUGUGGUCUUUAACACUUGUGCUCUACCAGCUGUAGGACAAUGUGCUUCCAAUCAGUUCAAAUGUCAUAGAGGAGCUUGUGUGGACAUGACAAGAAAAUGUGACUUUUCUAAUGACUGUGGUGAUAAUUCAGAUGAGAUAGGAUGUAGUAGCUAUGUCGAAAGAUGCAACUUUGAAAGUGACAUUUGUAACUGGCAACAAGACAUCAAUGACAUGUUUGACUGGACAUGGAAACAAGGUGCCACAGCCUCUUCAGGAACUGGACCAAACUUUGACCACACCUACGGAAACUCUACAGGACAUUAUGUAUUCAUAGAGACUUCUGCUCCCCGUGUAGCAGGUGACAAGGCACGCCUGUUGUCUCCAGUGUUCCAAGCCAACUCCCAGGCAGGCCAGUGUCAGAUGAGAUUCUUCUAUCACAUGCAUGGACAAGACGUUAAUGCACUGAAUGUAUACAUAGAAAAUUAUGAAAUGGGACCAAGAAUACCAGUGUUCCAGAAGACUGGUUCUCAAGCUGACAUGUGGAUUCGUGCUAUGAUCGAUUUAACCAGUAAUCUUCCUUUCAGAGUUGUGAUAGAAGGCAUCCGUGGAAAGGGCUAUCAUGGGGACAUUGCCAUAGAUGAUAUGUCCUUCACUAGUGGCUGUAAACUGGCCACUUCAUACCAUCUUCCCCAAGCUCUCACCACCAUUGGUCCAUGUGGAGCUGGAAAGGGCCAGUGUAACAAUGGUCAGUGUAUCAAGUAUAACAUGUUCUGUGAUUUCAAGACAGAUUGCAGUGAUGGAAGUGAUGAACAAUCUUGUCCCAGUACAUGCAACUUUGACAAUGGACAGUUCUGUAAUUGGCAGAAUGACUUGAACACCAACACCCUUAACUGGACGAUAGGAAGUAACAACAAUCCAUCACCAAGUCCAACAACAGACCAUACUACAGGUUCUGUUGCAGGAAAGUUUGCCCUGAUCCAAUCCCAGUCCACAACCACCAGUCGCAAGAUUGCUCGAUUGGAAAGUCCCAUGUACUACCAAGCAGGAACAGCUUGUACCUUUACAAUGUGGUACAACACAAAUGGAACUGGAAUCCAACAUCUAGGGGUCUAUUUCACUCAGGGAGAGAGUUAUAGAAAUAUAUGGACAAUGACUGGCACUCAGCUCAGAACCACCCAGAGGGUCUGGACAAAAGCAACUGUGGAACUUCCAAAAUGUCCAAUGAACUUCAAGGUAACCAUUGAAGUGGCUACAUAUGGAAGACAAACCAACUAUGUAGCUAUUGAUGACUUAGCCUUCACACAGUGCCACUAUCUGCCUCCCACCUCCUCUUGCUUGCUUGGACAAUUCACCUGCAGUUCAGGAAAUUGUGUACCACAGAAUCUCAAAUGUGAUCUCCAGACAGACUGCUGUGAUGGAUCUGAUGAGAGUCGAAACACCUGUGCAGGAUAUCAACAAUGUAACUUUGAGUAUGGAGUGUGUGGAUGGCAACAAUCCACUACUGAUCAAUUUGAUUGGCUGAGACACCAAGGACCAACCAAUUCUUAUGGUACAGGGCCAUCAGGAGAUCAUACCUAUGGAUCAAGGACUGGGUACUACAUGUACAUUGAAUCAUCCAGGCCUAGGAGAGCAAAUGAUACAGCUCAGCUGAUCUACAAUUUGAAUGUCCCAACAUCCCCUUGUGCAAUGAGACUUUGGUACCACAUGUAUGGUCAGAAUGUUGGCCAACUUAACAUCUACAUUAAAACCCUAAACAAAGGUACAGUUCUUCUGAAGAGUAUAUCAUCCAACCAGAACCAGACCUGGCACAGACUAGAAGUGGGUCUUCAAAGCACAACACCAUACCAGGUGGUGAUAGAAGGAGUCAUUGGAGUAGGAUACCUUGGAGACAUUGCUAUUGAUGAUGUCAGCUUCACCCCAGGCUGUGGAGCCUCCAGUAGUGGUGGUGCAUUCACUACCCCAGCAGUAUCGACCCCAAGUCCAAAUACAUGUGGGGAAGGUCAAUUCGCUUGUGGUGAUAGUACCUGUAUACCUUUAUCCAAGGUCUGCAACUUCCAAUCAGACUGUAAAGACAACUCAGAUGAGAAUCAGUGUCCACAAACAUGCAACUUUGAACAAGAUACAUGUGGAUGGCAUGAACUUCCUCUUGAUCAGUUUGACUGGACACGGGCUAAUGGAUUAUCCACAUCCUCUAAAAGGAACAUGGCUCCAAACAUAGAUGACACAUAUAAGAAUCAAAAUGGCUAUUACAUGUACGUCAAUGAUCAAACAAGUGGACAAACUUCUGGGCUAAUAGCGGGACUUCAAAGCUCUGCCUUCAAAUCAGCUAAUGCAGACUGCAAGAUAUCCUUUGCCUACUAUACAACUGGUUCAAAAGUAGGUCCUUUAUAUUUGUUUGUGGUGGAAAACAAUGUCUUGACACCACUAUGGAGAUUACUUUCAUAUGGCACAAUGGAUGAUCAGUGGCACAGUGUUACUGUUGGAAUUGGCAGAAGAACCACAAACUUCAACAUGCUCUUCAGGAAGACCAUAUCAAGUUACAGUGGCAUUACAGCAAUAGAUGAUAUAAGCUUCACAGACUGCAGGAUGAGGCCACCCGUCACUCAGUGUAACACUGUUACCCACUUCUGGUGUUCUAACAAAGUAUGUAUCCCCAAAAGCAAACAGUGUGACAAUGUAGAUGACUGUGGAGACGGCAGUGAUGAGGGAAGUGUGACUUGCAAUGGCUACACACGCUACAACUUUGAAGUGGGCACUGGAAAUCUGAUCCAGGGACAGAAUGGUGUGGAUGACGACUUUGAUUGGAGUUUGUUUGCAGGACACACUCCAUCCAGCUUUACAGGACCCCAGUGGGACCACACUUACGGAAACAGCACUGGACAUUACCUGUACAUGGAAGCAUCUAAACAGAAGUACAACUCAAAGGCUUGGAUUCUUACAACUCCAUUCUACCGCACAAAUGGCAGGAACUGUGUGAUGAGGCUGUAUUACUUUAUGUAUGGAAUCUAUGUCAACCAACUGAAUGUGUAUUCCAGAAUGUACUCAUCUGGCCCUCCAACUCACACCCUCUUCUCAAGAUCUGGAGAACAAGGUGCUUAUUGGCAGGAAGUCAUUCUUCCUCUGAACUACUCCACUGAUUUCCAAAUCAUCAUUGAGGCCAAGGUUGGUGAUAACUUCCUGGGUGACAUUGCCAUUGAUGACAUCAGCUUCACCCCAGACUGUCAGGCGUCUUCCAACAAUCUGUUGGAAUCCCCAUGGGUACCAAUUGCGCCCCGUUAUUAGCAGACCUAUUUUUGUAUUCA